CAAUCUCUCAAUAAUUUACAAUAUAAUUAUAUAUAUUUAUCCGAACGGGCGAAGUAGAGAGAAAGAUCUUCCGGUUCCCGCGAGGGAAGCUCUGAUCAAAUCAAACGAGACCCUCUUCCUCUUCUCUCCGCAGAAAAACCACAUUUCAUUUUCACUUUCAAUUCCAUUUAUCCCUUCCAUUUCUGUUCUCAUUUCAUCAUUUGUGUUUCCUUGUGUUGUUGUAUUCAAAAAUAUGGAAGCGGCCAUGGGAUUGAUGAGGAGAAUGCCUCCAAAGCACUCCGAAACCGCUCUUUCCGCUCUUCUUACUCUCUUACCUCACCAUUCUUCCGAUCUGCUUUCCCAGGUUGACCAGCCUCUUCAGGUUAUAUGUGAUGUGGACAAUGGGAAGGAAUUCAUUUUGUGCGAAUACAACAGAGAUGCAGAUUCAUAUAGAUCACCGUGGUCGAACAAAUAUCAUCCACCAUUGGAAGAUGGAGCUAUGCCAUCUAUAGAGUUGCGGAAACUUGAAAUUGAAGCAAAUGAAGUAUUCACAAUCUAUCGUGACCAGUAUUAUGAAGGUGGCAUUUCAUCUGUGUAUAUGUGGGAAGAUGAUGAGGAAAGUUUUGUCGGCUGUUUUUUGAUAAAGAAAGAUGGCUCAAAGACUGGUCAUGGUCGAAGGGGAUUUCUACAAGAGGGAGCAUGGGAUGCCAUUCAUGUUAUUGAGGUGAGACUAGAAGAUGAGGGUACAGCUAGCUAUUGUCUAACAAGUACAGUCAUGCUAUCAUUGACGACAGAUAACAAUGCUGCAGGGACUUUUAGUUUGUCUGGUUCAAUUAGAAGACAGAUGAAGAUGAAGCUCUCAGUUGCAGAAGGCCAUCUUUGUAACAUGGGUCGAAUGAUCGAAGAAAUGGAAAGUAAGCUGAGGAAUUCACUCGAUCAGGUAUAUUUUGGGAAAACAAAAGAGAUGGUUUGCACCUUGCGGCCACCCUCAGAAGUGGUGCAUAUGAAAUUGCCCGACAAGUGACCACUGAUUAUACAGAACCCGAAUUGGCACAGCGAACCGGUGGACAGUUGUAAGUCAUUUUUCUACUUUGUAACAGUUUGUGAUUUGAAUUUGAUUACGUUUUUCAAUCUUUAUUCAUGUCAAAAAAAAAGAAAAAAAAGAAGCUGUUUAGUUGUGAGUGUACUGAUUGUAGGGAUUUGACAGUUCAUUAGUUGCAAAUUUGAGACGGAGUUUUGAAUUGAAAAUUGCAUUUGAUUCU